GGUCACCCCAAAAACACCACGAUGUGCUCCCGCCAGGACAGGGACCAGUGCCACAGCCAGGAGCGCUACACCCGCCAUACCGGCUGUCACAGCUCCGGGGGCAGCGGUGGUGGCUGUCACAGCUCCGGUGGUGGCGGCGGCUGUCACAGCUCCGGUGGUAGCGGCGGUGGCUGCCACAGCUCCGGUGGUAGCGGUGGCGGCUGUCACAGCUCUGGUGGCAGCGGUGGUGGCUGUCACAGCUCCGGUGGCAGCAGCGGUGGCUGUCACAGCUCCGGCGGUGGUGGAUGCCACGGGCAGCCACAGGUCCAGUACCACCAGCAGCAGCAGCAGCAGCAGCAGCAGGUCCUCCAGCUGCCCUCGCAGAAGAUGAAGUGAUGGGGUGUCCCACGCGCCCGGCUCCAGCAGCAAAGGCCGCGCAUGGACCAGCUCCAUCCUGCCUCCCCAAAGCUUUGCAAGCCCCGGGGCUGCCCGGCCGCACACCCUCUCCUCUGCCCUGCGGGACCAUCGCUUCCUGGGGAAGGGGCAUCACUCGGGGUUCCCUGCUGCCUCCUCCUGACGCCCCAGGCCGUGCUUUGGCCCCCUGAGGUGCCCAUCAGACAAUAAAGCAUUACAUU